UCAGUGUAAAAGUGACAAUUGGUGAAAGAAUGUCUUAUUCUAUCGUAAAAAAUUAUAGUACGAUUACUUCUUCAAUAGCUUUUAAUUUCUUCGAUUGACAAUAUAACAUCGUUCAUUAUAAUUAUUUUUAACUGUUAACCAUAGUGAGAGUUAAAUUAAGAAGUAAUUCUUUUUUAACGGUUGUAUCUUACGAAGAGUUUAAAAUGUAUUUAUUAAAUAUUAUCAUGAAUUAUCUGAUUAAUGUCGGUGAUUUACGAGUAAAAGAUUGGAUAUUAUUUAAUACAUGGCUAAUUAUUUUGAUAAUCUUUUCAUAUUUCUAUUUUAUUUUCGCUUGUGGUCCUCGAUUUAUGAAGAAUAGAAAGCCAUAUUCUUUGAAAACAUUUAUUAGAUAUUAUAAUAUUUUUCAAAUAGUGAUGAAUAGUUUUAUUGUUUAUAAAUUAAUAAAUGCCGGUUGGUUUACCACGAUUCCGUUAUAUUGCAUACCUAUGAAGUAUGCUACAGAUCCUGCUAGUAUGGAGCUAUUAUCUGCCUGCUGGUGGACGUUCAUAACAAAACUAAUUGAUCUAAUAGAAACAGGAAUAUUUGUACUCCGAAAGAAAGAGGAGCAGAUCACAUUUCUGCAUUUGUAUCACCAUAUCUCAACAGUGCUCAUCAGUUGGAUGUUUGGAAAAUAUUACUCCGAUGGAAUGGGCACAUUUCUUCCUUUAAUGAAUUGUUCUGUACACGUGAUAAUGUACACGUAUUAUUUCCUUAGUACAUUUGGUCCAAAUAUCAGAAAGAAUAUUCAUCGAUAUAAAUUCUUGCUUACCAUCAUUCAAAUGGUACAAUUCGUAGUAUUAUUUUGUUACAUCUCUCAAAUAUUCUUACCGAAUUGCGACAUAGACUACACUCCUGCUGUGAUAAUGAAUAUCAAUCUUCUUAUUAAUUUCAUCUUGUUUUAUAAUUUCUAUAGGAAAAAUUAUUUAACUAAAAAAACGAAAUAGAGUUAUUGUAAAUAGUAAUUGUUUAAAUAUAAAAUGUUCUUUUUUUUUAAUUCUAAAUUAUUUUUAUGUAUCUUACAGAAAGAAGUUUUAUGUUUUGUUAAUAAAUGUUACGUAAAUUAA